CUAUGGACCUGCCAUCUUUAUUGUUUUUCAUAUUUUUGGACAUUCUGGCUGUAAACUGUCAAGAGAAGCCACAGGAGCGUAUAGUGGGAGGAUACGCACCAGUUCCAUAUUCAAUCAAGAACAUGGUGUCAAUACAGACGAUACUGCGUCAGCACAUAUGUGGAGGCUCCUUGAUAAAUAAGUACUGGGUAAUCACAGCAGCGCACUGUAACAUUGGGGUACAGAAAAUGAUGGUAGUAGCAGGAGACUACUCUCUGACCAUCUACGAGGGCACAGAGCAAGAAAUCCUGCCCCAACUGUUGGUUCCCCACCCUGACUAUGACAGCGACACCGACAACAAUGACAUUAUGCUUAUAAAGCUGAGGGCACCAGUCUACCUGAACAACUACGUCUCCGUCGCUUUGUUGCCCCGGCAGGACGCCUCCAUAGCGGAGGGCAGACUAUGCCGAGUGUCAGGCUGGGGAUACACCAGCGCCACUGGAGGCCAGAUCCCCUCUACCCUUCGAACUGUUAAGCUGCCCAUCGUCUCUACAGAAAAAUGCAACAGCAGUGAGUCCUUCAAUGGCAAAAUCACAGAAAACAUGCUCUGCGCUGGCUUCAGUGCUGGUGGGAAGGACGCCUGUCAGGGGGACUCUGGGGGUCCACUUGUGUGUGAGGGCCGGGUCUAUGGCUUGGUGUCCUGGGGGACAGGAUGUGCUGAGCCCCAGUUUCCUGGAGUCUACACUGCCGUGUCCAAGUUUCGCAGGUGGAUAGACAACACCAUAUUUAGCUACUACAGCAGGUGUAAAAACAAUUAA